UAAAAUUAACUUUUGCAUUUAAAGGUUCGUGUUGAUUGCAGCAGUCUUGUUCAUAUUCGUCUUGGAAAAGUAAACUUUCAGCACCAUGGACAGAGACCGAUCCCUAAUGACCUCACCCCUCGCCCCCCGUAGGGAAGCAGUGAUGUUGGGAUUCCUCUGAAGGUCCAAUGUAAAGAAAAAGAGAAGACUUUUCCUCUUUAUAGUCGUUUUUCUUUCUUUUUGUAGAGUGUUUGUCCUCCAUGCUGUGGAAGCAGAGCUCCUGGUGGGGAGGGAGAGCAGAAUCUUAUGAAUGGCUUGAUGCUGAAGCUGAUGAAGACUGUGGGAGGGGAGAUGAAGGUUUUUAGUCGGCACAAGUAAAAUACCAGAACAUGGUUUAAAAUGUCGUUUUAUUGGUAAAGAUGUAUUAAAAAAAACGUUUUAGAAAUUGGUUAAUGAGUCCAGGACUUGGUGUCAGCUGUUGCUGCCACGUGUUGCUAUAGAGCCCUUAAAGCGCACGCCAUCCCAAGGCAAUAGUAUAGUGAACCGCAGUGACUUGCGUGUUUGGAGUGUCGGGUUUGGCGGUGUUCCGUGCGUCCUGCGGGGAGCGGGGGGUUUCUUUGAGCGCAGUCGAAGCGCCGCAAACGGACAGGACUCCAUUGAGAGAAUUUCGCAGCGUUAGUCAUCGCGCCGUCCAUCCAUCCGCAGUGUGUAGUACUCGCCUCGAGCCUCCUCGCGCCGCUUGUGCUGGAGGAUCCGGAGCAGGCGACGCGCCGCGCAGGGCUUGGCUGCGGACGCACGCUGCGCUGUGUGUCUCUUUCGGCACAGUCCACCGGCAUGACCGCACGCCGGUUCGGUGGCGGCGGGCCAGCGGGUGCGCGGCUCGUUAGGGUGUUUGCGCAAGACGUGGCGAACCGACGCCAGUGACCGGCAGGUGAUGUUUGCUCACGUAAGUCGCUCGCGUUUGAUGAGGAGCGCAGGGGACGCGGCUGGAGGGUGCGCGCAGCCGUCGCAACGCCUCACCGGAUAACCGCCGCUGUCGCGUCUAGUUCCUCCACGGAUUUUUUAUUUUUUUAUUUUUUGUUUUCAUUUUUUUUAUUUGGGGUUGCUCGAUGAGCAACAGAUUCUGCACGACUGGGGUUCUCCACCGCCCAAAUUAAAAGGAUAUUUGGUGCGUGUGCGUGCGUGUCAGUUCUUGUGAUUCCCCUGUACGCGCAAGCCGCUUUUUUUUUUCUUCCAGAGAGGCAGUGCGCCCACCCAUGCGAUGCUAGCCUAUUAGCUGGAGAGAAAGAGAGACGGAAGGAGAGAGAGGUUCGAGCCCCGGAUUCGAGAGGAGGCGAAUUUACGCGCCGCGUUUUGUCUCUCAGGAAAAGGAGAGAUAAGGAGAGAUAAGGCGGAGGGGGGGUGCUCGCUGAAGGAGAAUGCAGCAAUCACAUUUUUAAGCAUGCAGAAGCGGGCCGUUUCCGGUUCCUAGGCUGGUGUCCCCCCCCUUACCGACGCCAGCGGCCGUAUGGGGAAAGCAGCGGCAGACACCGAUGGCAUGGACACUUCCACAACGUCUGCCGCUCUGCCCUGCCUGCUCUGCCGGAGCCCGUUCACCGCCGUCUCUCUCUUCCAGCUCGCUCCGCCGCCCAGCAGCACUGCAGCACAGCACAGGCUGACGGCAUGAGGCUUGAUCCAGUGCAUUUCUCCAUGCUGGUCAUCGGGGUCUCCUUCGCCUGUUACGCCCCGAGUCUCAACUCCCUCCAGGACCAGGCGUACAGGUCCGCCGUGGUCAUCGAGGGCGAGGUGCGCUCCUCCCCGGAGAACGGCUCCUCCCGGGAGCCCUACAGUGUGAAUGUCAAAGUGCUGGACGUGUGGCCCCUCAACAGCGGCGGCCUCGUGAGGGAGCAGCUCGUGACCGUCGGGGACUUCGGCUCCGAGGCCCCCUGCAUCACGGUGGAGAAGGACCACAGAUAUAUCUUUUUCAUGGACCCGACCACCGAGCCCCUGGUUUUCAAGGCUGCGUACGCCCCUGUGGACGCCAGCGAGCCGGAGUUGAAGAAGGAUGUGGAUAAAGUGCUCUGCGAGGACUGCGCUUCGGCUCCCAAGCUGCGGCUGAUGCGAGGCCAGUCACUGAUGGAAGGGGACAAGCUGUACUUGAAGUGCGAGGCCUUGGGGAACCCCAGCCCUUCCUUCCGCUGGUACAAAGAUGGGCGUGAGCUUCAGAAAGGCAGAGACCUCAAAAUAAAAACCAACAAAAAAAACUCAAAGGUGCAGAUUAGUCGAGUCCGCCUGGAAGACUCCGGAAACUACACUUGUGUAGCCGAAAACUCACUUGGGCAGGAAAAUGCCACAAGUAUAAUCACCGUGCAGAUCUUGACUACCACCAACCCUUCUCCAGGUGUAAGUCAUGCGAGGCGCUGCAACGACUCAGAGAAAGCGUACUGCGUCAAUGGAGGAGAUUGUUACUUCAUACAUGGUAUAAAUCACCUGUCCUGCAAGUGUCCCAAUGACUAUACGGGGGACCGCUGUGAAAACUCCGUCAUGGCCGGUUUCUACAAAAUGAGGUCUAGUAAAUAUAGCAAAGCAGAGGAGCUUUACCAGAGGCGGGUUUUGACGAUCACGGGCAUCUGUGUGGCGUUGUUAGUGGUCGGCAUCGUGUGCGUGGUGGCCUACUGCAAAACCAAGAAGCAGAGACAGAUCCAAAAUCAUCUACACCAGAACCAGAACCAGUGUGUGGAGCAGCCAAAUCGCAUGCUGGCAAACGGGCCAAACCACCCCGGGCCCGGUCAUGAGGAGAUCCCCAUGGUGGAUUACAUCUCCAAGACCGUCCCAACAACAGAGUGUGUUAUCAGCCACGGAGCUGAGGGCGCAGGCAACUAUGCAGGCAGUCGAAUGUCAACCCGCUCCCACCACUCCACCACAGCCUCACAUGCUUCCAGACACGAGGAACGAACGUGGAGCAUGGAGCGAACAGACAGCAUGAACUCAGACUGCCAGUCGGGGGGGCUCUCCAGCUCUGUGGGAACCAGUAAGUGCAGCAGCCCGGCAUGCAUGGCGAGGAGGGCCGCCCACUGGGGGUGUGCAGAGGUGGCCGGACCGGGAAUGCAGUACGGGGACUCCUAUGACUCGCUAAGAGACUCACCUCACAGUGACAGAUAUGUUUCUGCGCUGACCACGCCGGCGCGUCUGUCUCCUGUUGAAUUCCACUACCCCCCGCUGCCGCCCCAGGUGCCCACCUUCCAGAUCACCUCACCCAACACAAGCCACGCCCUCUCCCUUCCUCCCGCUGCUGCCGCCUAUCACAGAGACGACAACCAGCCACUGCUCAGAUGCCCAGACGAUGGAAGUUUGUACCGGCAGCCUCGGCGUCCGCGGCGAAGCUACCUUACAGAGAGCACGGGGAGUCUACCGUCCAGCCCUUACCGUCUGCCCGAUGACGAGGCCUACGAGACGACGCAGGAGUACGCCUCUUCACGGGAGCCUAUCAGGAGUCGGCGCCGGCCGCGCCGCAACCGCCUCAACGGACACAUUUCCCAGCGUUCCGCGGGGCUUCGAGACUACAGUUCACAAAGUUUUAGUCAGUCAGAGGAGGAGGAGGAGGAGGACGAGGAGGAGGAUGCUCACGGGGAGAGCACGCCCUUUCUUAGUAUGCAGAACAUGAACCUGGACCCGCCCCUAACCGCCUCGGGUCUACGCUCGUCGUCUGGCGUGGACACACGGACUCACCGCGGGCUGAGUCGGCCUGGGACGCGCAGCAACGGGCAGGGGCGCGGCUCGCAGUCGCAGCGCUCCAAGGCUGACAACAUGCCCCUUUAGGACUUAGCCCCGCCCCCUCUGACAGCCACUCAGACACCUGCCACCCCCUCCACCUUUACUCACUCCCCUUCUUCCAACACACAACCAGUGGACUAGAAACCUGCACCUAGGAGAAAUAUUUUUAUUUUGUAUAACAGACAGAUAUUCUAAACAAAUGAAAUAUUUAUUUUCAUUUCAGCAAAAAUUGUCUACUAGCUAACAGCGAAGACUUUUUUUAUAUUGGGGGGAUAUUUAUAUGUAAAGUUUUUUGAUUUACAGCAUUAUGAGAGAUGAAAAAAUAAGAGAAUUACGUGCCAAUUUUUUCACAAGUUAGAUAACUAGAAUAAUAUUGUGGUGCCUUUUGCUGUAUGCUGAAGUCGGAGGUCCCAUUGAGUUUUUGUAGCCUUUCUUAUAAAGACUCCUCAUUUUUAUAGAGACCAACCCUCUUCCUUCCUUUUGCUUUGGAUUGUUUUUGGUUUCUCUGAUUUGGGAUCUUCCUCUUUUUGAACUGUGAUCUGUCAUCAUGCAAUAUUGAUUCCUCCUGUGUAAAAGGUGUCUGUUUACAUGAGUGCGAUGCGUUUGUUUCACAGGGACGUUUAGCUUCUGAAGGAACCGGACGGAAAAGGGUCCACUGCCUGUUCAGGGGUCAUUUCUGCAGGAAGCUUUGAGGGAAGGUGAAUUCAGAUUCCCGCGUGUGUGUGAGUUCAGGGUGCUGCCUUUACAUUGGUGGUGGUCGCGGUGUGUGUGUGUGCCUGUAGACCGUCCGUACACCUCAUGCAGCCUCAUUUGGAUGGCGCCUGUGUUCACCUCGUUGGGUUUGGUCUCUUGUUUGUAUGACAUGUUCCACCCACCAAUCGUCUCGCUGCCAGAAAAGCUCCACUGCACUGUAAGAACCUCCCUCCCUCCGUGAGCAGUCGCUGGUCAGGGAGCUGCUAAUCCAAACCGAAUCCAACCACUCCAGUUGUAAUCCAGCCUGACUCUGGCCUCCCGUGGACUGCCUGGUCCCCCCGUUUCCUAUGCCAGCAGCUUAGAGCCGCACUGUGUCUCAGGACUUUCCCAUCACAUCACAGCCAAAAGAGUCCCUCAUCCCAGACCCGGUUCAGUCCCCAGGGCCAGGGCCGCCACCUCCACCCAGUCUGUUGCUUUAAACCGUGGCUCUGAUGAACGAAGCUUCUGAGGUGGAUUUUUAUGUGAGUCGUUGUGUAUGAGCUGUCGAUGGUAUCUAGGGACAAAUGUGCAUCGACCAAAUCUUCGGGAAUCCUGCCCCAAAUAUUAGAUCAGUCCUGGUGCCAAAACGUUUAGACUUUUUCGUUAAAAAUAUCAAACUUUAAAAAAGCUAAAUUAAUCUGAUGGUUGUACGUCUUGUAUUACGCAAAUGCAACCUCAACUGUAAACUUACUAUGAAGUGAUGUAUUUAGGCCGUCAACUCAUAACUAAAAUACUCAAAAAUCUUCCAUAGGAUUAAAAGUCCUUUAACACCUGAACUUUAGCUCUGUGUUGACAGACUUUUUGACUGAUAUGCAAUUAAUUCUAAUGGAUUCUAACAUGGAGAAAUGCAGUUUACUGUAGUGAAGUGUUUACACUCCUUUACUAAUGUAAAGUUUUACUUAAUUCUACGCUUCAAAAUCUGUAAUUUCUGUACAUCAAAGAACGUGUUAUUUUCCAGUCACCUGCGACAGCUCUGUUGCUAAAGGGUCUUCUUUGAAAGCAGACUUUUUUUUUUUUUUACCUCUGCCGGUCGUUAGUGUGUUUCAGGGUAACAUUCUAGACAAAAAAGAAAUUGAAUUCAGCUUUAUCAGGAUGGAAAGUAGACUGAGAGGACUCUAAGACCUCAACUGAGAAAACUUCACUGCCUUGUUUGGUUCGAUUUACUUUCACACUGCUCCUUUGAGAACGGACCAAACCUCUGUAGUUACAACAGAUGCUCAUUUGGGGGCAGUAUUGCCCCAAACAAUCACUGUCCAAGAAGAAAAAAAAAAACUAAUCUUUUGACUAGCAAGCGAUGGAAAUUGCCAGCUCAUCCUCACAACUAGACUCUUAACGACUUUUUUCAAUAAUUUUAUUUUGGAAACAUUCGGAUUUACACUGUGUAGCCCUUUAACAUCAGAGCUUUAGCUACAGCAUUUACUCGGGAUACAAUGAUUUGGUUUAAACCUCAAAUUUUGGGUCACGAUUUGUUUUGGUUUGAUACAUAAUAUGUGUAUCAUAAAACAACAACUAAAAAAUUAAGAAAAAUCAUUUCUAAAUUUGCAAGUAAGAAUGAAGAAAAUCCUUGUAGUUAGCCUGGUGUACUGUAAUACAACACAUGCGUUUGAGCGUUUCAAUGUAAAUGUAUGCAGUAGGGAAGCAACAAUUCCCCACAAUGCGGUUCCACAAUGUAAUUUCCAGUUUUGAACCAAGAUUUGUGGCAUCCCUAGUUUUUAUGUUCUUUGAACUUUUCAAGUGUUUACACAAAAAUCGUAAUUCCAAUCGAUUCUGACGCAAAGAAAAGCAGCUUUGCCCUGAUAUGCAACACUUUGCAGUAGUGAAGUGUUUAGACAACAUAAAUCAGCACGUUUAUUGCAUAAAUUAUCAAAAAGAACAUUUUUUUCCGUUUAAUAUAUAUAUAUAUAUAGGAGUGCACCAAAAUCCGGAACUGCACCAGGGUUCACUUGCAAGUAAACUGAGAGCCUCAAUUCUCAGGUAGACCAGAGUUUCCGCACUAGAGCUCAGGUAGACUGCCAAAUGAAACUUUAGAUUUUAAAUGAAAAGCUGUAGUCACACAUGCUGGAAGAGGAUUGAGGAAUUUGUUUAUCUGCAACAGGAAACUUUGUACUCAUGAAUUAGCAAAGAAGCUGUCCUCCGUAGGAGAGUAUUCUAGAACUAGAAUAAAAUUUGAGGACGUCUGUCCAACAGCAAAAGCUUAAUCAAAGUGAGAGAAUGACAAUCAAAAGAGCUGCAGAAUUUAGGUCAUUAUAAUUCAGACUUUCUAAAAUGCUGAAGAAAUCUAAAGUAAACGUUUUUUCAAUGAUUUAUUUGGAUUAUUUUAAGGAAACAAAUGAAGACAAACAAAACAAUUACACCGAUACUAGAGAUGCAACAAUUCCCUUCACCACGAUUCAGUUCAAACUUUGUUUUUUAGUCACAGGGUUUGAUAUUAGAACAAAAAAAUAUCAGAAAAGUGCAUAAUUUUAAUUGGCUAAUAAGCAGUAACAAUGAAGAAAAACCUUUCCAUAGUCUUAUCCCUUUGCAAAAAGUUGUCUAUUUAAGUGUAUGCUAAAAGGAAGGCAGUAUAGAUAUAUUUUAUUUACUAUCUACAAAUUGUAAUCUUAAAAUAUUCCAUUCAGUCUGAUGAAGUAUUUGGUAUUUUUCCAAACCUACACGAACGUAGUCUUAAACUUAAGAAUACUUCAUAAAAUUUACUUCAAAGGUACUACUUUGUGCUAAGGGAUGCUAAGCCUUGUUUAAUCUACUAAAACAAUGAAUAUUCUUCCUUCUCAAAUUUAGCUCGGCGACUCUUUGACACUUUUAAUGUAUAUAUCCACACUCACAAUUUGGUUCAAUUUUUGUAAUUAUACAAUUCAGUUUUAAACUGAUAUCUCUAAUCUAUACGUACAUUCAUCAAAUGAUAAUUAGUCAUGAAUUGAUUCAAAAAUGUAAAAAAAAAAAAAAAAAAGUAAAGAAGGUAAAGAUUUUUUUCUGAGUAAAAGUUUUGCAUCGUUUUGCCAAAGGUGCAACUGCUUUAAUUUUUAAAAAUUAAGUAGCAACUACCACUAGGGGGCACUAUAAGUAAAUAAACACACAUAUACCGCAUUUUUCUGAGUAGGUUUUGCGUUGUUUUGCCAAACGUGCAACUUUUUUUUAAUUUUUUUAUUUUAUUUUAUUUUAUUUUGCCAAGCAUACAACUUAUCUGAUUUUUUUAAAAUUAUGUAGCAACUACCACUAGGGGGCACUAUAGAUAAAGAAACACGCAUAUACCGCAUUUUUCGGAAUAUAAGUUUUGCAUCAUUUUAGCAAAAAUGAUGCAGAAAAUUAUAUAGCAACUACCACUAGGGGGCACUAUAAGUAUGUGUGUUAACAUUUGCUACUGACCGCAGUGCAGAAGAACAACGAGCACCGCUAGGUCUAACUCUGGGCUUGAUGGAUUUGUGACACAAAUGAUGACGAAUUGAAUGGAUUUAGUGAUUUGAAGAGUUUAGUUGACUUGUUAGCACGUUCUUUAAGCUAUCCCUAUAAUUGUUUAUAUGUUACGCUAAUAUGCUUUAUUUCUGCGAUGUUUAAUUAAGUUGUUGUUAUUUAUUCCAUUAUUAUGAUUUUCCUUUCAAGAUUAACCCUUUAGCGCUGCAGCUCCAGUGUUUAUGCACUUUGAUUUAUUCUAACUUUUCAACCGUCAACACGAUCAAUGUGAUUCCAGUAGAUUCCGAAGGAUAAAAGCGUCUUGUCGGAAUCCACUGGAAUUACGUUGAUUGUGUUAGUGGUUGAAAAGUUAUGAUUUUGUGUUUAAGCGUCACCGACGACACCUCAGGUGUUAAAGGGUUAAAUAUUUGGUCUUCGUGUAUCGUACAUCCCUUAAAUCUUACUCACAUAUGACUUUUUCUUCCUUACGAUGCAUUUUUUUCGCUGUUCCGUGCGACUUAUACUCAGGAGCGACUUAUAGUCCAAAAAUACGGUAUAUAAAAACAUACACAAGUAUAAGAACUACUUGGAGCUGAAGCAGUUUCAUUAAAAAAUGUAAUAUUUUAGCUUCAAUUAAAGAAGUGAAUCUAUAAUUGUUUUUUAAGUAAGCAAGGAAAGGACCAAAAACCGAUCAUAGGUUGCAUUUGCUUACUACUGAGACCUGCGACAGUCGGAUUAUUUUUGUUCUAUUUUACCCAAAAACAUGAUCUAAGAGGAGAAGCGUCUCAUUUUUGCCCACAAUUGUAUCAUGGCAGACACCAGGAAUCCUCCAGUGGCACUAAUGAAGGCACAGCCUCAUCAGGGGAACAGAACCGGAGCUAAAAGAGCACAUUUACUUUAUGGGUAAAACGAUGGUGUUAAAAAAAAAAACAAAAUAUCUGAUUACUGUAUUCAUUUAUUUAUUGUUUAUUGUCUUGCUUUUUUCGUGAUGACUGUACACCCCCUUCAUCCUCGUGACCUCCUCAUCCUCUUCGGAUCUUCGAAAAACAGCCAGCGGAUGAAUCUAAAGUCCCACCUGGAGUGCAUCAGACGGCACGCCAACGUGUCAAACCUUUAGAGACCCUUCCAGCUCACUGAGGAAAAUACUGUGUCCGAUAAGAAAAAAAGAAAAAAAGACGUGUCCUUUUUCGAGUUUAGAGUUGCUUUCUUUUUUUCACACAGGCGAUGCAUGGAUCACUCGUAUAGAAAGUAUCUUAAAAACGGCAAGACGCCCCUUUGAAAUCAGGGGGGAAUUGUAUUAAAAAUAUAGAAAAGUAUUUGGGUACUUGGCCCAAAGAGCUGCCUAGUUCUGUCUUAUUAUCACUGUAAUCAAUCUGGGAUUUUGCAAUGUGGAAAAACCUAAAGUGAGGAUAGUGUGCUUCUAGAGAUAGUCCAGUUGUUUAUGAUCCUGCCCUCUUUCUCUUCGACCUGCACUCUCAGCUCACCUGUUGCAUCCAUGGUCACUCAUACACUGACGUGCACACACAAACACACAAACCGUUUGAUUUUUCAAGAAGUUUGUCUUUUUUACCCCCCUUUCCUCUGUCCCCACUCUCUCUACCCCUUCCUCUUCUCACCCCAUGACCUUCCUUCCCUCCCUCCCUCCCUCCCCCCUGCAUGUCCUAGUGGUUACUGGUAGUUGGAGUGCAUGGAGCAAGCAAAAUUGUUUUUCCACUCGGUGAAAAAAAAAAAAA